AUGGCGGGCAAUACAUGCGAAAUUGUCAUUGACCAUAAUGAAAGGGAUACAGCGCCGAAGUGUCUGAAUGACCCAAGUCUCAGUGACCACAGGUACCUCCAUACAAAGUAUUGUUUUCUUUUGUACAGUGUGAUCAAUCUGAUUCAUUACAAUCUGAUAGUCGUUGCCAUAGAUAUGAGAGGAUAUGGAGAUUCUGACAAACCUUUGGGUAUAGCACCAUACACCAUUGAUCAUCUUACAGGUGAUCUGAGGGAUGCCAUCCCAGCUUUGGGCUACAGUUCCUGCGUACUGGUAGCUCACGAUUGGGGGGCGGCAGUCGCCUGGCAGUUUGCUAUGGAGUAUCCUGAUCUGGUCGAUAAACUGAUUAUCAUGAACGGUCCACACCCUAAAAGAAUGCAGAAGCUUAUACAAUCAAGUCGGAAGCAGUUCUUUAUGUCUUGGUACAUGUUCUUCUUUCAGCUUCCGUAUCUUCCCGAGUUCGUUCUGAGCAUGUCUGAUUAUAACGGAAUUAAAGCUAUGUUUCAUGGACGUGGUGUGGGACUCCGAAAUAGAGAUAAUAUCACUGCAGAUGAUUUGGAAGCAUUCAAGCACAAUUGCCAACGAGAAGGUGCUUUAACGGCAAUGAUCAACUACUAUCGAGCUGCACUCCGCUAUACUCCAAAGUUGAAAUCAGCCGUUAUAACCUCACCAACUCUGUUGAUCUGGGGUGAGGAAGACACUGCUUUGGACAUUGCUUUGACUGAAGGUUUGGAAAAGUAUGUGCAUGAUAUCAACGUGAAACUAAUACCAGGCGCAAGUCACUGGGUUCAACAAGACCAGCCUGAGCUUGUUAAUGAUGCCAUGCACGACUUUCUGCAAGGGUAA